UAAAAAAGGAGCGGCAACGGGACGAACAACGCAGUAUCGAGGAAACCGUGAAAGCGAGUGGAUAAGCGUUACCUAGAGAGAGUAUCUCUGCAGUGUAUCUGCGAUAUAAUUUUUUUCGAGUAAUUUGUUAAAUCACCGAGUGAACUAUGUCGGAGCAGAAUUACGACGAAUACGAGCACUUCAAUUACGAUUACGACAAGCACAUCUUUACUGGACACGGCGGUAAACAGCGUAGUAAACGUGAAGCUGUUUUUCAUACGAAUCACUUCGAUCCCAGCGGCCAUUCCAGAAAGAUCGUGACCAAGCUCAUGAAUUCUGAGCACAACAAGAGACAAGUUCCCAAGGACAAACCUUAGAGCGCAG